GUUUAAAUUAUUUGCUGCCCCGAAACGGAUAGUAUUUACGAGUAUGGGUACAGCCCGCAACACUGUAUCCAAGAGCACCAUGAUCACAAAUUUUCGCGCCUUGCUCAAGACUCACUUACAUAUCCUUCAAUGGCUGCUGUAUCCUUCAUUUUUGUGCUGUUGUCUCCUCUUCUUCUUGUGUUUAAUCCCACCUGAUGGAGUAUUUGCCCAGCUUGAAGGUUUGUGGUGCUAUUCAAAUCAGUCUUAAAAUGAUAAAUAAAACGUUUAAAACCCAGACUAAAGACGGCAAAGGCAGUAAAAUGCUAAAACAUAAUAAAAAGUUAACAGAGCACUAAAAAAGACUUCACUAAAUUUGAGGUGAUGUAUCUUACAUUUAAGGCAAAGAAUGCCUUUAAAGUAAAAUGGUAUUCCAUAAGGUUUGAGUUUCUGGUUACUUUGAAUUAUUCGCCUUUGGUUGAUGUUAUGGCACAAAAACAAUUCUUGCACGUUGAAAAUUUGAGCCUAGCGAUUUUUCUUAAACUGUCGUUUCUGAUCUAAAUCAAUCUCUUCCUUUCACGUAAACCGGCAAACUCUAUUUUUUUCAUUCUAUAUAUUUUACUUACACGGCUUUUAUAAUAUAUAGUUUUUGUCGAUUUUCUUGAACUGACAAUUACGAAUUUUGAAUUAAUGACCAGGUUUCCACAGCCUUUUCAACUUUUGACGCGAGCCAGUAAGUGAAAAUUCCUCAACACGGCUGGAAAUCAGUGUUGCCGAGAAACUCGGUCUGAGUUUGGGAGUAAUAAAUUGAAAACUAAAGAAGGUUUUCCUCCGUAAAUUCGCAAAUAACUUUGCACACUUUAGUAUGGUGGAGCUGGUGGCGCUUCGGAUUACACUAUGGACUGACUCUUCCCUCGUUCCCGACGUAUCAGUUUCAAAUGUGCCAAUUUUACAAAGUUUAAGGCGCUUUUCCCACUGUUUUAGAUGAAUACCGCGGUAAACGGCGUCUUAAAAGUCCUAGGCUUAUACGUCUUCGUAAGGGGUUUUACGAGGGCUGAUAAACGAAGGGGGAUUUUAACCGGAAUACAAAAAGUUCUUUGAAACAAGCUAAAGCACUGCUGAUGAAAAAAAAAUGUUUUGCGUUUACUGGUCUUUAAUUGAGUUUCAAAACGUCAGAGCUAGAGAAGGGCUUAUAAUCAUGGGUCUUAUAAGUGGGGGGGUAGAGAUAUACGUGGCAGUCUACGGUACUCACUAGCUGGUCCUUGACAAAGGUUGAAAAAAUACGUGGAAGUGUCUAGUAUUCUAAACCUUGUUGCAACAGUGACUUAACAAAUAGUUACGACAAAUUAUUUAGUUUAUUCGUUUCCUCUAAAUGUUAAAAAUUUUUUGUCCCGCAGAAUUUAACACCUUGUAUCACCGAGAUCUUCGCCAAGACAUUUUUGUAAAAGACGAUCACCAUUACCUCAAUGUACCCAGAGUUGGAACAUACGCCGUGUACAACACCCUGGACUGUGCCCUUCGAUGUCUAAGUAAUCCCUCCUGUUUUUCUAUUAACUUGGCCGCGUCAAAAGGAGCAGACGGGAAGCUCUGGUGCGAGUUGCUAUCUUCUGAAAAGUACAGCAACCCUGGAGAGUACAAAAGAAACCAGAGCUCGCAUCACUUUUCCAUUAAGGUAUCACUAUUAUUUUCCCUCCCCCCCCCCCCCCCCCGUCCGCCGGCCGCCUAAAAGCACUGGUUAAACAACUUCACAAAUGUUCUCCCUCUAAGAUUUUCUCCCAAUAACCCGCCGACAUUUUUUUUAAAAUUAUGGCUUUUCCCGUUGUGUCUGAAGGAGGAUUCGGUCACUUUAGACCAUUUACAGCAGAACAUCUGCCUUUGUCAGAAUGCUUGGAUAGGUAAAACGGAAGAGGAGUUAUAAAUAGGAAAUUUGGUACCGCAGGUGUGUGUCUGGUCGUCAUUUUUAAUUUAUCUUCAAGUUGGUUAAAGGGGUAAAGCACAUGUACGAACAAACAUGUCACUUAAAAAGUUAAUUAAAAGAGGAUUCAAUCGAAUGAGAUGCAUCACCCCAACGAUAACCUCUAGAGAUGUGUGUGUGUGGUCGUCAUUUUUAAUUUAUCUUCAAGUUGGUUAAAGGGGUAAAGCACACGUACGAACAAGCAUGUCACUUAAAAAGUUAAUUAAAAGAGGAUUCAAUUGAAUGAGAUGCAUCACCCCAACAAUAACCUAUUUUUUCUCAUUUUUCACUUUACAUCUUUUACACAGUAAAACAGAACUUUCAUCAAUAUGAUCCUUACAAAGCAAAAAAUAACAUUUUUUUUUUACUUUUAGCCUGUGCCAAAAAUUUCGAUCUGAAACUUAAACCUCCGUCAGCUGUUAAAAGAUUUUAUGCGUCAGGAUCAUAAAUCGUUUUCACAUUCGUAGGCUGCAGAGACAAUCGUUUUUUGUCUCCUAUACACUCUUUUUUAGCUCAUGGAUGACGUAGUCGUGCGAUGGCCUUUUGGAGGCACUCGAAUGGCACUCUUUCACUCACUCACUCACUCACUCACUCGAUUCUCAUUAAUUUAUUCAUUAAAGUCAGAUGAAACACUUUACUCUUACCUCCCUUACUUAGUAUUACUUUUGUUCCAAGUGCCUUUUACGCAUAUGUUUGGAAUAUUCCGAGAGGGUACUAGUAAAGCGUAUUUUUUUUCCCCGACACAUCAGUUAUAGAAAUGGGUUUUGUAUAAAUGGAAAUAUUCUAAAGAACACUGAUAAUAUCAUCUGAAAGAAAUGGACUUAGAAAUGUUAAAAGGAUAUCGAAAUUUUUGAGCGUGGAUCAUUGUUGUAUAUUUGGACGAAUUGGCCACAUUUUUUCCCGAUAUUACUUGAUAUGGAGAAGAUGCGAUCGACAGGAGUGUGAAAGAGCUAUCGCAGCCUGACGAUGGGAUUUCGUUCAGGGAAAAGCGAAUAAGGGGACGUUGAGGAGUAUCUAUUGUGGUUUAUUGUUAUUUGGACGAAUCCAUUCGACCAUUUGUCUUCGUAUGCAAACAGCAAGGACUGAAUUAAUGUUGUGUCAACUGGAAGCACAGGUUUUAGAACCAACAAGCGUUACGCUAUUUUCCUUGAAUUCUUAAGUGAUCUUUGCCAUAAAGUAGGUUUUUGUUUGUCGGCGAUUCCAUUUAGCAGUGUUAUUAAUGUAAUUUCUACAAGAAAUUCUGCGCUUGUAUAGACAAGUCUCUAGAACAUUUAGGUGGAGAAAGGCAAUCGGAUACUUCGACUGCGUUUAAAUAAAUACUUAGCUAGAUCAGAGCACGUACAGCUAUUAAAAUAAUUUUUAGCUAGUGUUUAUCAAAAGCGCGUUCUAAAGCAGUUUAAUUUAGCCAUAAACGCCUGUAUUCUGUAUUUAAUAGCUCGUUCUACAUAUACCACGGGUACCCAACAUCAAUUUUCGGAAAACAUUUAUUCGGAAGACGAUUUGAGAUCUAGAUUUUUUGGAACAUUUUUUGUAAACUUUCUUGCUUGCCUGCCUCUCCUAGGAUCUUCGAACAACUAAAAAAUCGUAUACUUGCCCAUUCCUAACGGAUUUUUACCCUAAAAAGGUCGCCUAGAAUUUUCGGGAGCCUUUUUUCUACCUGAAAUUUUCGAAAAGGUAAGUUUUGAUCCCUAUAAUUUUCGGAUCACUAGACUUUCAGCUAGGAAAUCCGAACAAAUGAAAAAAUUUUAGGGGAUAAAAAUAUGCCUAUAUCUACCGUUUAAAUACUAAAAUACGUUUGACAAUGCUAUGUUUAAGUGCUUUUAAACUAUAUUCUCGUUGGGUGCCCCUAAUAUACUAACCGUUACAUACUCUUUGUGAACAGCAUAUGGAAGCAUUUAUUUAAAAGCAUCGCACUUUUAGGAAACCUUCGAGGUCCAUUAAAAUAAUUGCUUAAAACCACGGUUUAAAUAAAACUCGGGCUUAUGUAAAACUUAGCUAUUUUACAAGAAAGUGCACUGUCGUUCGGAAAGUGUUUGACAUGUACAGUCACAUGACAAAGCAAAUUAUUUUACAACUAAAAAGCGUUAAUAAUUGCUUUUAAAAGUGAUCUUUUUGUUGUAAGUAGAAAUGCUGCGCUGAUAACAAGUUUCUAGAAUAUUCAGGUGCACAUGCAAUCGGAUACUUCGAGUCACGCUGUAUUUUGGCAAGUCCGUACACAAUGAACCGUUCAAAAACAUUUAUAUGUUUUUCUUUGAUUAUUGAACUGUCUUUUCUACACUAAUUCAAUUCAUCCAUGAGCUCGCUCCUAGGAGCCUUUGAUUUCUAUAAGAAUAUAUUUUAUAAGAAUAUUGAAGCUGAAAUUUGCGAAAUUUUAAGAAUAUUUUAGGAAUAAACCCGAGGCUGAGAAUUUGAAAAGGAUUUGAAAAUCUGUAAAUACAGUACAUCAGUUUAUGUUUUAACUUAACCGUAGAAAAUUAUUUCUUUUACUAAACGGCAAGAACACUGGUAAUUGAAAUCCUAAUACAUCAUGUUCUAAAGCGGAAAAUGCCGUAAGCUGUAGUUUAUAAUUAGGAUUAAUUCAAGAAUAUAUUCAGCCUAAAAUCGACAAAAAAUAACAAUAUUCAGCCUAGGCCGGAAAAUAACAUUGUUAUAUAAAAAAAAGAGUAUUUCGAAUUCGAACGUUACUCAACAGUACCGAUGGUGAUCAUAUUUUGAGCUUGGGUGACCUGUGAGUACACAGACAGUUUGAGUAAGCAGGUGCCGCAUAUUGCCAUUCAAUUUUCAGUCAUUGCUGGGCCGAGGAUUAGAAACUUGAUAUAACACUGAAUAGGAUAGUUACUGGUCAGAGUGUGUCUUUUGGGGGGAGGGGCGGUAAACCCAUGUCAUUUUCUCCCUGUAUGCUGCAAGUAGGCCGGGCUCUCCCUUUUAUGGCCUUUAUGGGGAGGUUCCGAACGAAAGGGAUUCCGUCUUUUCAUAGGCGUCCGGUAUAUAAAAGGGAAGCGAUUUCACUAUUGAACUAUAUAUAUAUAUGGCAAUCGGGUUGGGAAAACUGUCAUUUAACAGUUAUUUAAACUGGGCUUUGAUUUAAAGAUAUAUUCUGAACAGACCCACCUUAUGGCUGUAUCGUUAACAAUUUACGAUAAGCGACAUGAAAUGCUUGUCCUUUAUAUCGCUAAACGGUGUUUUUGUUUUUAGUUUUAGUUUGAGUUUUUGCUUUCUUUAUGUUUUAGACUGCGUGUCACUCUUCGCCUUGCCGUAAUGGUGGAACAUGUGUACCAAACUACAAAUAUCACACCUUUGACUGCGCUUGUAAAGACGGUUACGUCGGAGACUUAUGCGAAGUAUUUGGUAAGUUUCCCAUAAAAGGUUGUCAAAGGACAGACUUGCACUUUACAAUAGUAAUAAUGUAAUGAAACUUGACCUUGAUGAAGAUGCUUUCGAACCUCCAUGUAAGAGCGACCAAUCGUCCUCCCAUGGGCGAUCACCUAUCUAGAACACUAAACGUUUCUCAGUAAAAUCCCUUUAGUGUAGAACCUUUUGUAAACGAGCACCUCUCAUAAGCGACUACGACAAUUAUUUCGGGUGAUGUUUUGUAAUUUUUCAUUGUUUUUAACUUCUAAUAAGCAACCAUGCACUUGGCGUCAUGGUCCGAUCUCUUUGUUCGCUGCAAGUAGCAUGUGUACUAAGCUAAUCAAAGUAUACGAAACCGUUUUAGCGACGAGAUGGAACUUCCACUGAGUCGUAACUAAGAAAUUGCAUGCAAUAAAUUCCCUCCAAAAAGCAGAUGAGUCCUGACCUCUUCCAAGAAAACACGUCCUUUGGCCUCUUGUCGGCCUUGCGGUUUGAUUCCUGUAAGCGACCGCCUGCCAUUGUCAUUUUGGGUGUUCGCUUACGGAGGGUUUGACUUGGAUUUAUUUCUAAAGCCGCAUUUAUGAAAUCCUUAAGGUGUAGAGGGGGCUUAGCAUGCAGUCAAAUAGUAAAAAUAUUAAAGUAAAAAUAUAUAAAAUAUCUCAAUCAGUCAGUUCGGCACCUAGAAGUAAGCCCAGAAGUAAACGUGCAGUGACUAUAAAUCGAGUUGAUAUCCUUUUUCCUUUAGCUCCGAAAUCAUGCAAGCAAGUGUAUGAUCAUUAUGCAGACAAGUGAGUGAAAUUGUCAUUUUUUUUUUAAUUUUUUGCCAUUUUGGCAUGAAUUGUCAGUGCCGGAUCCAGAACUUGAGAUAGGGCGGGGGGGGAGGGGGUGGUCAUCCAGACCCUUACAUAAGGGGGGGAGCUGUGUCCAAAAAAAUUUAUUUCGGCCCCUCGGGCCUCAGUUUAGUCUAAAAAUAAGGGGGGGCCAGGCCCCCCGGGCCCCUCCCCUGGAUCCACCACUGUAUUAGUUUGUAACAAGAGAGAAUAAUGAACAGUCUUGGGUGCACGAAGUACGUUUUCUGUGAGAUUUAACUCUUGUUUGGAUUCAAUAUUUUAGUCCUGGGCAAUUCAGAUCACUUGGUUUGCAUUAUAUACUGUCUUAAACAAUAAUUAUUUACCGAAGUGCCCACCUUGGCUUUUGUGCAGGUCCCAACGAAGCCAGCUGGUUAAACUCUUUUUUAACUCAACACCAACUUCCGUUCUCUGUCAAAUUGGUGACUUUGGAUGUGGACCAGGGGGUUGGACGCCGGUCAUGAAGAUAAACGGAAACAAGGUAGGAAAUUUGUGGGUGAGAUUUUUAUCCAAAUUUUUCCAAGUUCCAAUUGGAGCCGGAAUGGUAGACGAAAAACCAUUACGUGAAUCACAAUGCUUUGUUAACAGUAACCGGUCAAGUCGCGCGAAUGUUAUCUCGCCCGAAGUUAUGUCGCCCGAAACCCUGAGAGUAAGUCGCCCGACUGAAAAGCGUGAAGUGAACAGAGAAACAACAUACCAUCAACUGACGUGAUACAACUCACUUUGACUCUGAAGAUGACUACUGCACAGCUUGUCGAAACGUCAGUCACUGUCAACAACAACAGUUCUAUUCACCCUUUCAGGACUACGUUCACCCGGACGAUCAAACGUAACCUUUUGAAAGCUAAUUUUUGUUAGAUAAAGAGUGUGUGUUAAUAUAUCUCGUUCUUUAAACCAGCAUGAGACGAAAUAAGCGGAAUGAAUGGGUAACAUGACUCGUUCUUUAAGCGACGAUGAGGCGAAACAAGUUAACCCUGGAUUAACAACGAAACAAGCGCGAUAAAUGAGUAAUAUAUCUCGUUCUAUAAUCUUCGAUCAGAAGAAACAAACGCGGCAAAUGGUAACAGGGAUUUUACCAUAUUGUUUAGCAUGAUGAUAAAAUUUUGAGCCACAUAACUCAGCAUUUCGGGCUGGACUUAACUUCGGGCGACUUGACCGUAAACCUAGCGUGUUAAAUUGGAGAGUGUUGGAUCAGGCUUGAAAAUUUACUUCGAGCAAAAGCAACAUUAUUUUGUAGAAUUUCUGUCUUUUCGCUGCUUUCUCUCCUUUUCGCUUUAAAACAAAAAAAAAACGCUCUUUUUUAAUAAUUCUUUUUGUUACAAACUGCUGGCGGGGUGGAAAGGUUGUCCUGGGAACGGAGUUGACUUCCGUUCGUUGAGACUGUCUAAUGACCAAUAAAAUAAGUUCGACAAAUACUUAUUUUAAUUAACGCGAAGUCAGGAGUUACAAUGAAUAGUUAUUGUUGCGUCAUGCAAUGUUAUAGGUUAAUUUUAGUUUUUCCUAUUUCUGUUCAUUUUCAUGCUAUUUCAGAGAACAUUUCACUACGAUUCAGAGCUCUGGACAAACAAACAAUCCUUUAACAUUGACGGAGGGAAGACUGGGUUUGACGCAGAGGAGACCAAAUUGCCUUCCUACUGGAACACAUCCUUCUCUAAAAUCUGUCUCGGUAUUAACAUUACCGGUAACAUCAACUUUGCUGUCAUCGACAGGCAAGCGGACUCUUUGCAUUCCCUGAUUGCUGAUGGGCAAUACCGCAAUACCUUACUGGGUCGUGAUGCGUGGAAGGCGUUGAUUGGUUCGCAGAGCUCCUUACAGACGUACUGCAACAAAGAAGGAUUCAAUGUUGUCGCCAGUACAAGGCAAGAAUUGGCAUCGUUAGCAACGAUGUUGACCACUGCAUUACUUGUGAUUCCAGAAUCGGGUUUGGCACAGGAGGACGUCCCAAUGACAACAAUGUUUGUGGCAAUGCGGCUCACAAGAAUUGGAAUCCAGACAACGGCGGCAACAAUAUAAAGGGAAUAGGUUAUAUCUUGGUGCAGUGAAACAAAAAUACUCGCACUUUAAGGGGCCAAAUUCAGUUACAGUAACAGCAACAAUUCGGAUUUAAUGCACUUCGUUAAAAUAGUUAUUGCGACCUGAGUAGCAAUCAUGUCAAAAACAAAAUGCUCGAAAUUUUACUAUUGCAACACCAAAACUGUUCGAUUACCAGGAGUUUGUAAUCAGACAGAUCAAAUCUGACAGUUAAAAAGCCAACGACAAUCAAGUAGGAAAAUAUUACAAGCCAAUAGUUUUUAACCAUAUAGCAGCUGACUGCAGCUGCAGCUUGGAAAAGAGAAUGGACGAAAUUGUCUGAUCCAAUGACUGUCAUUCAGAUACAAUUUUUUAAAAAUUCGAGAGCCUGAUUUAGAAAGCUUUGAAAAUGUAGAAAACGGUAAAGUUCCUCAAGUGUACGCUAUUUUUGCUUUGAGCCUAGCUGCAAGCUGAUGCAAUAAAAACUUUGUACUUACAUUAAUAAGAUCUAAUAAAUAUUCCAAAACUAAGAUUCUUGAAUUUUGUUAUUGACACGAUUAAUUAGUAAUAGGACUUCGUGUCGUAUAAUUCAGGUCAUUCAGGGAUAAUCGGUCUUGUAAUUUCAAAUCAGCCUCGCGUUGAUUUGAAAUUUGAAAUUUGAUUUGAAAUUUUAUUUUACUCGUGACCAGUAAAAAGGUAGUAGACUAAUACGCAGUAUCAUACCCUAAUUUCAUUGUUUUCCUUUGUUUAGUUGUAGCCGCUCUUUGGCACUAAUGUUGAGUAAAAUCACCCUUUUUUUAGUAUAUUAAUGGGGUAUUUCAGGAUCUUCACUUAUGUUUGUCCUUUGCAUACAUCAAGUUCUAGCGAAUUUAAGAUUUGAUUUUCAAGGCACAUUUUAAUUAAACCCAGUCUAAACACAAGAAAAAGUCCAAGGAUACUGCUUUAAAAUCACUCUGCAAUUUAUGAUAUAUAUGAUGCAUUGAGACUAGUUAUGCACAUAAAGAAAGCUCUAGAGAGCGGUUUACUGAGGCACUUGCCAUUCUACAUACGAAGUGAUAGCGUUCGGCCUACAACAGUCAGGGAAGGUACUGUAGCCACAACUUGUUUUUCCAGGGGACCAUUCAAGAUAAGAGGUAUCCCAGAGUCUAACCACAAAUUGAUUUUAGAGCUGCAAAGUUAUAAUGGAAACCUCUUUCAGUUAAGAUCAAGGUAGAACUUACAGAGUACUACUAUUUCCAAAAAUCAAAAGGAGAAUUGAUCUGCAAGUCUGUGGUCCAUAGUCUCAGACGUCUAGUGAAUUGGCAGAGAAGGCCUAGAAAACGCUGAACAGGGACUAGGCAAGGGAGCAGCAACGCCGACAGCGACGGCCGCGAAAACGUCACCAAUAAAAGGACAACUUACUCGCGGUUUAAAAUAUCAAUUAAACUGAUUUACGUUUUCGUUGCCGUCGCCGUCGCCGUCGUCGUUGCUAAAGCUCUUUAUUUUAUGUAGUUGUGACAAUUCAGUGUUGAAUAAAAGUAUCUCUAUG